AAAGUACAACAUUCAUCACUAAAGUCUAAAGAGAUGCGGAUGACUGACAUAAAAUCUCAAUCUGUAAAAGAUUCAGAAAAUUCCAAAUGUUCAGAUGCUCAUGAAAGUGACAGUGACAAAGAUGACAAUGUUAAGGACAAUCCUGGACAAGAGUUCUGGGAAACUAAACCACAGGUUUCCUUAGCAGAGAGGACAGUUCAGACUUCAGUUGGGCCACAGAGAGAAAUGGAGCCCAGACAAAGUAUCAGUAUAUUAAGUGAUGGAGCGGGUUGCUGCGAGCCACAAGACUCAGAGAAGAAACAAUUGGACAAAUUAUACGGCAGUUUAGCACAAGGCUGUGUUUAUCCACAAGAUUUAAACAGACGACUGCGGGAUCCGAGUAUCCCCAACAAUCUUUUCCACUCUGCUCAGGUAAACACCUGGACCAGUUGUGCCACGAUGGACCAAGCAGUGCCAUGUGGACUGAGCCUGGCAGCAGCUGUCAGGACUCCAGAAACUUCAGGGUUUUCUGUGGGCCUCCAACAGCACGCACCGGUACAGGACCUGUUAAGCCUGUCCCACUUUGGAGGCUUUCUGUUUUAUCCCUACUCCAGCUUCCCUGCAGCAUCAGCCGAGUACCUCAUUCCACCAGUGGUCCACAGCUGGGACUACUUUACCUCUCCUAUGAUGUUGUCAUCUGUUCCUGCUUUGGGUGGUGGUGGAUUGAGAUAUUUUGCCCCUGAUUUGCUAAUGCUAGCCAAAACAGAUCAGAAGACAUCAGUGGACGAAGCUGAAAUUGAUUGCAAUCAAGAUGAGUCACAAACAGGGUGAAAAUACUGACUUGAGAGCAGCUACUGCUGAUUUAAAGUGUCCCUGCAUGUGGUCUACCUAUUCCCCACCUACAUAAUCCAAAGGCUGGGAUGACACUGAACCUUUUACUUGAACGUUUUUAACAUGUGUAUUGGUAAAGUCUGAAAAUUGUGUGUUGGUAAAGUCUGAAAAGUGUGUGUUGGUAAAGUGUCAUUGUGGGGGCCUUGCCUUAGAUUAAUUCAUGUACAUUGACAUGAGAAGGAACAACUUCCACAGGACUCCGAUGUAAAAAGGUUUAAAACAAAGUAUUUUUAUUCCACAGUUCUGUAGUACCUUCUUUCAGGACUAAUCAAAGUUAAGUUCUACUAAUCAGCAAACUGUACUACUGUAAGAAAACUGUGUGGCUCUAUCCAUAACUUAACCCAUAACUGAACAAAACAAAUGUUUUAUCCAAGCAGUGAACCAUGUGGAAGUGGCCAAACUGCAGUUCAUCGAAUGGCCACUUGAGGUUUCAAACGGGAGCAAUCUCAUUUAGACCCCCAUGUCAAAAUGCCCAAUUAACAAUUAACAGCAGAAAUAAACAUGUUUACAACCUGGAACAAAAAACGGUUUUGGUCUCUAUAGCUAAUUUCAUGACAAGUUCAUGACAACUGAACGGGGGUGCAUUUUUAUAUAACUCAUCUGUUGUUAAUUGGGGGCAUGGACUUCUGCAUACGAAACAUAGAAAUCAGAGAUUCUGGGAAGAACUAGCAGCAAAAGGUAUUUAAGUGAUGCAAAUUCAUUUUAAAAAUGUUAUGAGGCAAAUUAACUCUCAAUACAUAUAUUUGCUGUUUGGAGAGCAAUUCUGAAAGGAAAGUACAUAAAACUAUGUCGUCCCUCAUUUUCCUGUUUAACAUAUUUUUAUGUAGAAUGUUGAUUCUCAGAACUUUGUGGAAUGAAUGAAAACUUGAGCUAUUUCAAAGGAUUCAAAGGCUUUAUUGUCAUAUGCACAAAAAUUGGUAAUCCCAGGCUCCACCAACAAUGUAAAAUACAGUAUACCAAAGACAUACAAUGAAAUAAAGUAAUACAAUAGUGCAAUAAAAUACAAGGGACAUAAUGUUGCAAAAUAAAAUGCAGGAAUAAGUAGAAUAUAUACAUAUAAAAUAGAAUAAGAUGAAAUAGAAUGUAAGAUUUGGAAUACUGUACAGUGGAAUUAAAUACGGUAUACUGUAAUACUAUAUAAAUAUGUGGAUAUAUGGAACAAACAG